AUGGUCAGAACUCCUCUUCUUCCCUCCAUCCUCCCGCCCUCCUCAUUCGCUCCGGAUCUCCCCCUUGUGCGCAGUGGUUUGGCCCAUCCUUCUGCGUCCCUUCCGCCGGCGCCUGGAGGCCGGUGCGCGUGCACAGCCAGAUGUGGGCGGGUGCCCCCACGCGCCUGAGGUACGAGCGCGGGGACAGCUGGCUGCGGGGUGAGGGGCGGCUCCCGGUUGUCUGUGCUUAGCUGCCUCGGCUGGGACCGCGAGGUUCUUGCCCCGCGGCGUGCAGCUCGGUCCUGCCUCUUAGCCCGUGAGGUGGGUGUCGGGCCCAGGACCCGACUAGGACUCAGGCCCGUGGACGUGCACGCAGGCCCUAGAGAUCCGUGACACCGCGGGGCAGGGACCCGGUGCAGCUGCCAACUAGGGGCUGACCGGCACCGGUGGAGUCCGCUCCAUAAGGCCCGCUGAUCCUGUCAGGGGCCGAUCCCGCGCCAUCGCCAUAAAAAAGUCCUAAGAAGACAAGAGGUCUUUUGCUGCCACGGGCCAACGGUGUCUUUAAAAGACUUGUUUGGCAGUAUCAACUGCUAACACGCUCUCCUGUGGCCUUAUCAGCAACAGGGGGCUUGUGAAAGACCACACCCAGGACUGCCAAGGACAAUGAAAGUUCUCUUAUUGAAAGAUGCCAAGGAUGAUGAGAGUGGCCAGGAUCCAUAUAUCCAGGAAUUGGGAUUGUAUGGCCUGGAAGCUACGCUAAUUCCCGUUCUGUCAUUUGAGUUUUUGUCUCUUCCCAGUUUGUCAGAAAAGCUGUCUCAUCCUGAGGGCUUUGGAGGACUCAUUUUCACCAGUCCCAGGGCAGUGGAAGCAGUGAAGCUGUGUCUGGAGAAGGACAAUAAAACUGAAGACUGGGAAAAGUCUCUGAAAAGCAGAUGGAAUGCCAAGUCUGUGUAUGUGGUUGGAAGUGCCACAGCUUCUCUAGUGAACAAAAUCGGCCUGGAUGCAGAAGGAGCACACAGUGGCAAUGCAGAGAAGCUUGCUGAAUAUAUUUGCUCCAGGCCAUCUUCAGCACUGCCUCUUCUCUUUCCCUGUGGAACUAUCAAAGGAGAUACUCUUCCGAAAAUGCUCAAGGACAAAGGGAUCCCCAUGGAAAGCAUGCAUGUCUAUCAGACAAUUCCACACCCUGGGAUCCAGGGGAACCUGGAGAGCUACUAUGAAAAUCAGGUAUGUAAUUUCAAGGGAGAGAAAGUCCUGGAAGGGCAGGCCCCAGUGUAGGAGCAUGAGUUGGGGGUAUGAGUUUGCAGUGUUGAUUCUCCUUUGGGUGACUGAGCAAGUGGCUUUUCUGUAGCUCUGUUUGUGUGUCUGUGAUAUGGGAAUAGAUGUCUGUGAUAUGGGAAUAGACCCAUGCAGUGAAAGUUUUAUAAAGAUUAAAGAUAAUUCAUACAAAGCUGCUUGUGUAACAUCUACCAUAUACAAAGGCCUGGAAUAUACAGUGGUCUUGUUAUUGCCUCUGUUCUCCAUUCUGUGGGGCAGAGGCUAGGCCCACACUGGGAAGAACUCACUGUGGAGUCUGAAUUGGGAUUGGGAGACCUGGGGCAGGAGAGUGGAGAGCACUUCUUACCUUAAUGGCUAGGUCCAUCAUUUUCAUUCAGAAGUCUCAUCCCUUUGCUCUUCUGGGACAGCUUCUGCAGAUCGUGGCUGUUCUGGGGGUUCUAAUGGACAAUCCAGCGCAGAGAACCAUGCAGGCUGGCUAGUUGUCUGCUCUGUCCCUAGUGGGUAGAAGUUGACAGAAGCCAACAAGAAGCCUGUUAAUUCCAUGAGGGCUGUUUAACCUAUCGGGCUGGAGGUGCCUCCAGGGCUGAUGCUGAGCUCAAGAGUCAGUGUCUUCUGGCCAGACUGACUGAGGGCCAGCAGAGCACUCGGUCAGUGGUAAUUGCAGCCUCUCCCACCUCAGCCUGCUUUACAAGCAAAUCCUUCCAACUCUGCUGUGGUGGUCUGAGAAUGGCACAGAGCCAGAGUGUACCGAUGCAGAGCCCCUGGCACAGAGCCCGAGCGUGUACUGAUGCAGAGCCCCUGUGGGGUCUGGGGCUGGAAGGGUUGAGUUGCUGAGCUGAGGGAUGCUGUCUAGGGGCAAAGCUAGCUCUCAUCUUGUCAU